GCGGCGUGUGAGAGAGAACCCGGAAGUGCUGAGGGGCAACGGCGGCUGCGCUCGCCAGAGCCCCGGCACGGCCCAUGUGUGUCACCAUGCCGGGCCCCGGCAGCGCCAGCCUGGCGCCGGAGGAGCGCGUGCGGCGGCUGAUCCAGGUGGGGAGCAGCGUGGAGGUGAGCGAGGACAUCCCCCCGCGGCGCUACUUCCGCUCGGGCGUGGAGAUGCUGCGCAUGGCCACCGUGUACUGCGAGGAGGGCAACCUGGAGCACGCCUUCAUCCUCUACAAUAAGUACAUCACGCUCUUCAUUGAGAAGCUGCCGCAGCACCGUGAUUACAAAAGCACUGUCAUUCCUGAGAAGAGGGAGACGGUCAAAAAACUGAAGGAAGUAGCCUUUCCCCGAGCCGAAGAGCUCAAGGAGGAGCUGCUUAAGAGGUACGCCAAGGACUAUGCUAAGUACAAGGAGCAGGAGCAGCAGCUGGAGGAGGAGAAGACUCGGGUAGCCCUGAUGAAGCAGCAGCAGGCAGAGCAGGAGCAGUUCCACGCCUUCGAGGAGAUGAUCCGGCGGCAGGAGCUGGAGAAGGAGCGCCUGAGGAUAGCACAGGAAUUUGGAAAGCCAGAGCCAGAGUCUAUGGAUGGACCCCUCAUCCCCGGCAUGGAAAAGCCCCCAACAGAUUUAAUCCCAAAGGUUCCAGUCUCUCCAGUUCACCCAGCAAGUCCAUCAGUGGGGACUGUCCCAUCCAAACCUCCUAUUGUGGACAGAUCUUUGAAGCCCAGUGCUUUGGGGAGCACAGAGAACAAUGCAGGUGUGGAUGUGCUUCGCCAGGUCAUUGUCCCCAGGGAGCUGUGCCAGAAGUUCCUGCAGUUGGCUGAUGCCAACACGGUGCGAGGUGUGGAGACCUGCGGGAUUCUCUGCGGGAAGCUGAUGAGGAACGAGUUCACCAUCACCCACGUCAUUGUCCCCAAGCAGCUGGGAGGCCCCGAUUCCUGCACUACGGAGAACGAGGAGGAGCUCUUCAUCAUCCAGGACCAGCAUGGCCUCAUCACCCUGGGCUGGAUCCAUACCCACCCCACCCAGACAGCCUUCCUGUCCAGCGUGGACCUGCACACCCACUGCUCCUACCAGAUGAUGCUGCCAGAGUCCAUCGCCAUCGUGUGCUCUCCCAAAUACCAGGAGGAAUAUGGCUGGGCCUGCAGAGACUCGAGCUACAGAGCUGCUGUUCGUCUGCUCCAGGACAGGGUUUUUCAAGCUGACGGAGCAUGGCCUGGAGGAGAUCUCAUCCUGCCGGCAGAAGGGGUUCCACCCACACCCCAAAGAUCCCCCUCUGUUCACGACCUGUAAUCACGUGUCAAUAGUGGAGAGAGAUGUGAUGCUGAUGGACCUCCGAUAAGCCUCUUGCCUUGUCCCUUCACAGGAAACACCCCCCUUCCUUUAGGCCUAGGGAAUUGGUUUUGUUCUCCUGUAGCAGAUGAUUUCUACCAUGUAGUGAUCCCUCCCCUCCCUCCCAUUCCAUGAUGGAAUCGGAUCCCUGCCCUCUGUGGGAGCCCCUGAACCUCAGUGCCUGGCAUGGGGCUGGCAGGGGCUCCAGGUAUGGGGAGAAGCCAGCUGCAAGCUCAGAGACAGAAGCCAACACUAAAGCAGUUGUGUAACUCUAAUCCAAGCCUUGAACAGCCUCCUGGGGAGGUUCCCCAUGACUUGCUGCAACCCUGAGGUGUGGAAACUUCUUCAAGUGCUUUUGGGACUUGCCCAGUUUAACCCAUGCCCUGUUUUGUCUGUUGUUCGGGGCUGCUCCAUCUCAGCACAGCUUCCAGGAGCAGAUAAAUCUUUGCUAUGGUUUAAAAGCAAACCUUACUGACCCCUCUGACCCCCACUGGAGCUCAGUGCUGCUUCCUGGCACUCGCGUCUGCCCAAGAAGGGAAGAGGGCCCAACCUCCUUUGGGAUCCCUCUUUCAGCAUUUGAGGGCUGAAGAUCCCUGGAUGUGGCCCUGCUUUGCAUCCCAGCAGCGUUUAGGGAUGCCUGGGCACUUCAUCCAUUUUCCUCACUGGGGGAUUCCCUGGUGUUACCGUGGAGGAGCUCAGUCUCCUGGCUGCCAUUGCCGCACUAAGAUGGGAUUUUCAUGAGCUUUGACCACUUCAUGCUCCCAGAUCCCUGAUUGUCUCUACACAUCCCAGAGCAGCAGGAAGCCUGUCCUUGCCAAAACCCGGCACUCCGUGACGUCGCUGUUGUGCGGGACCCUCCUCGAGGUGCUUUAGUCGGGUGCCAAGCCGAGAUUUUCCUUCCCCGUGCUCCAGGCCAAGCCCCCGCCCUCGGGGGGAGGGAAGCAGCAGCAUUCCAAGGUGGAAGGCAGCUGGGGCGUGCUGCACAUCCCCACAUCUCCCAGCAGGCUGGGAUGGUCGGCACAUGACCGUGCGGGGAGGGGCAGGGGCCGGAGCUGACUUCCCACCUGGCAUGCAAACAUCGCCGUGCUCAUGUCGUGUGCUUGUACAGCCAGCAUCCCGUGGCUUUCACACAUGGAUGAGAUUAUCCGGGCCGGGCUUCCUCUGCCACUCCUUUGCUUUGA